AUGGAAGAAUUACUUGCGAAACACCGCAAGGAAAAGCGAGAUCUCCAAUCACAAAUCACGCAGAAAAAGAAGAAUGCGACCAAGAAAACCAGAAAGGGCGUCAAUGAUGAAUGUGAGAGACUCGAGCGGGUACUGGCUGAAAAGCAGCAGGCCGAGAUUCAAGAGUUACAACCCCAAGGUACCAAUGAGCUACAGGAGGCCCUAGAGGAUCUCAACGUCAAUGAACCUGUGGGAGAAGAAGUCAACGGCGUACCAGAAGCCACAUCAGAGCCACCUAAACAAGCCAACAUCGCGGAUUCAUCGCCCGCGGACCAGUCCCGACCUCGAAAGCCAAAUCGGCAAAAGGCGAGGCUGGCACGUCGAGCAGCCGAACAGGAGGCACAAGCAGCGGCCGCAGCUCUCGAGGCAGAGAGCCUCCCCGACCUCCGGGAGCGGGAACUCGCCGACAUGAAGCAACAGAUGACCAAAUUAGGCCUUUCAGAAACCCUCAUCCGACCCGACGGUCAUUGUCUCUUUUCCGCCUGCGCACACAGCAUGCCUGCCGACGUACUCGCAGCAAAACCAGACAGGAAUGUCAAGCAGCCAUAUGAGAAAGUUAGAUACGCUGCUGCGGAGUUUAUGGCCAGCCACCCCGAGGAUUUUGAGGCCUUCAUGGAGGAGCCCUUGAAUGUACAUGUGAAAAAGAUCAGAGAUACGGCGGAAUGGGGUGGGGAGUUGGAGUUGCAGGCUAUUGCGCGAUCUUUCAAUGUCGAAAUCAACGUGCUCCAAGCGAGCGGCCGAGUGGAAAAAAUUUCCUCCCAAGGCAGCUCAAACGACACCAUUUGGCUGGCAUAUUAUCGACACAGUUUUGGGCUUGGUGAGCAUUACAAUGCGUUGAAGAAAGUGGACCACAGCUGA